GUGACGCCCAGUCUCCGGAGGAGUCGCAACAUGACGACGGCGCUGACGCAGGGCCUGGAGCGCGUCCCCGACCAGACCGGCUACCUGGUGAUCUGCGACGGGGCGGUGCUGGCCUCCGCCGGCGACCUGGAGAACGACGAGCGCGCGGCCAGCGUCAUCUCGGAGCUGGUGGGCACGGCCUGCGCCUUCCGCCUGCCCCGCUGCCCGGAAGUGCCCUUCCGGCGCAUCUCCGUGGUGUUUGGGGAACACUCUUUCCUGGUGACCAUCUCCGGCCAGAAGCUCUUCGUGGUGAAGAGGCAGAACAACGUCCGGGAGCCAGUGAUGGUCUGAGCUUGUUGGGGG